GCCGGGAGCCCGGGCGGAGCCGCUGCUGCUCCCCAGCGGGGUGAGCCCUUCCCUCGCGCCCCUCGGGGCCCAGCCGGGGGGACUUUCUGGGGCAGCCCCGGGCUCUGCCGACACCAGCCCCUGAGCCGGAGCCUGCAGGCUUCGGCCAUCUGAACAUGUUCAGUAACAUCUGCUGGAGUCACUUCCCUCCCUGGCCAUCCGAAUCUGCUCCCUGCUGUACAGGAAGACGUGGGGGCUCAAAUCAUGGUAGCCAACAGGCGCACCAUGGGCCAAAACUGGACCGCCAGAUGCUUUUGAAUGGACCCCACAAUUAUUUUUUAUUCAUUAUUGUCAUUGUUGUUGUUUUAUUAUUUUCUCUGGAGUCUGGACCUUGGCCAUACCUUGACCAAGAAAUUUGGACCUUGACAAAAAAUAUUUGAUGAUCCCUGGCUGAAAUGAUUACAGUUUCUCUCCUGAAGCAGGCUCUGUUAGUAGGUGUGUUCCAGUGUGACAACACCUCCCAUUUCUGGAAUAUUUGAGCUCACUAUAAUGCCAACCUCAGAUGUCAACAAGGAACUUGAAGGCUACUAAUUCCUUGUUUUAAUUUAAAGAUAAAGUUGUUAUAUAUAUUUUGAUCACUUGUACAGAGAAAAACAUUGUAUGCAGAAGGGCAACCUGGACUAUCAUGGAUUGUGACAGUUUAGAAUAUUGGUCGUUCUACAGUUCUUUCCCCCUCCCCCUUUUUACUUGUACUAAAUUGACCCUGCAGACAGGGGUUGGUCGUCUCUUCCUCUGGAGGGUCAAAACUCCAUGAAGUUCUGUAGUGAAAAUAUAAUUGUCUUUUAAAUUCUGUGGCUGACUGUUGAUAAUUGUAUCCACCGAUGUGGUUGCUUUUCUUGAUGUACUUCAUCUGGCCUCAUAUGUGCAAAUAAGAUGAUCACUUAUCUUGCACUAGGACUAGAAAAAUGAACUGACACCUUAAUAUGAGCAGUGUGGAGUCUUUUUUUUUUUUUUUUUCCCCCCCAUCCUUAGCUGGAAAAAUAAAAUGGUGUGUGUGUAUCCACUAUUAAUAGGACCCUACCAAAUUCACAGCCAUGAAAAACACGUCACGGACCAUGAAAUCUGGUCUUUUGUAUACUAUUACCCUAUACUAUACAGAUUUCACAGGGGAGACCAACGUUUCUCAAACUGGGGGUCCUGACUCAAAAGGGGGUUAAAGGGGUGGGGCGGUUGCAAGGUUAUUGUAGGGGGUUGUGGUAUUGCCACCCUUACUUCUGCGCUUCCUUGAGAGCUGGGUGGCUGGAAAGUGGUGGCUGCUGGCCAGGCACCCAGCUCUGAAAGCAGCAGCACAGAAGUAAAGGUGGCAAUACUAUACCAUGCCAUCCUUACUUCUAUGCUGCUGCUGGCCAUGGCGCUGCCUUCAGAGCUGGGCUCCUGGCCAGCAGAUGUUACUGGCCAGCCGCCCAACGUUGAAGGCAGUGCUGCCGCCAACAGCAGCACAGAAGUAAGGAUGACAAUAUCACAACCCCCCUACAAUAACCUUGCAAUGUCCCCACUACCCUCUUUUGGGUCAGGACUCCUACAGUUAUAACUUUGUGAAAUUUUAGAUUUAAAUAGCUGAAAUCAUGAAAUUUAUUAUUUUUAAAAUCCUAUGACCGUGACAUUGACCAAAAUGGACCAUGAAUUUGGUAGGGCUCUAACUAUUAACCAUAGGAAUAUAAAUGUUGUAAUAAUUAUCUUGCUCAUAGUUAAAUACUUACCUUCCAUAUUUUUGGAAAAUUCUAACUAAGGUACUUACCUGGCCCACAUCACCACAGUAUUUGAGGAUCUUGGCAGUUUUAAUGUAUCCACCAACUGCCCCUGUGUGAUAGGGAAAUGCUAUUGUCCCCACCUGGGGACACACGGGGAAGUCUGCGGCAGAGCAAGGUCUCCUGCACCCCAGGUUAGCAACCUAACCACUGGAUCAUGGUAUGAUAGUCAGGAUCCAGACACACUUAUGUUUAAACCCACAUAAGUAAGCAGUUAAACCACUGGUUGCAUGCUGUGUCAUUGCACGAUAAAAACAUAUUCAGCGAGGUCUUUUAUGAAAGCUUGUAAUGUUCUGAACCCUGUUGGCUGUUAUGAGAUAUACCAGGGGUUCUCAGACUGGGGAUUGGGACCCCUCAGGGGGUCACGAGCUGUCAGCCUCCACCCCAAACCCCACUUUGCAUCCAGCAUUUAUAAUGGUAUUAUAAAUUUAAAACAUUGUUUAAUAUAUUUAGGGGGGGUCACACUCAAGAGGCUUGCUGUGUGAAAGGGGUCACUAGUACAAAAGUUCGAGAACUACUGAGAUAUACAUACAGACUGUCCUUAUGAACGUAUGUAUUUGUGUAUAUAGAAGCCUUUGCUCAUAAUCUUUGAUGCAGCUUCAGCUCCACCUCACAGCAAAGCGGUGGGCACUCAAGCAUCUCCCAAACCAGUUUUUGGCACGAAACUUCAAGUGGCUACCCACUGUCCAGCCUGGGAAGGGACAGUGGUUGGCCAUUAGAGCUAGUGGAGAGAGAUUGAGGCAAUUUGAGAUUGGGAAGAGCAACACAGCUCUGGAACACUGGGAAAACUCCUUCCUGUCCUGUUCUGUUUAACCAUGAGUCGCCAGGGCCUUGGGGGGAGUAGGGGAGAAAGGCUUUUAAAAGCAGGCUUGGGACUGAGGGUUUUUUAUCCAGAACUUGAGGGACAGUCUCAAGGCGGGAGGCUGUCUGUGAAUGCUGACUUUCUCCUAUAGCUAGUGGACAUGCUCUUUCAAGGCAAUAGGUAACUCCUGUUAGAAAAGGGAUUUGAUUUAAUGUGAAAAUGUAAAGCCUGAACUUGCGUCUUGUUGUCUGUUUUCUGCAUAACUUGUAGAUGUUUGCUUUCCCCUCUUCUUUCAUCUUUGAAACUGGGCUUUUCUGUUCCAUAAAUUUUUCACUUAUUUUUAUCCCAAACAGGUGUCUGGUGUGUAAAUUGUGUGCAGUGUGUGUGCCAAAGCAUGCUGGUAUCUGUGGAGCCAGUUUCACACCGCUGGGGGUUAUGAGCCAGAGGGGAAAAGUCCGAGUGUCUGGUAAUUAAGAACACAGCGAGGAUGUAUUUGGGGGGACUCCAGACUGGAAGGGCUGUUCGUGUCACCCUACAAAGAGUAACUGGGCUGAUCUCUUUGAUGGAGCCCGGGGAGGAGCUGGGCCCCUUGGAUGAAGAGGAAGGGGAGAUCCUGAGAGGAACCUGCGCAGCAGAGGAUGGGAUGGUGAAGAUAAAGGAGGAGAAUUGCCUGCGGGAUGUGGAAGCAGAUGGGAGGCUAUUGGGAAGAUCUGAAGGGAGCAUUUCCCCGAGUCCCGAAAUGGUGGCAACCUACGAGAGUCAAUGCAGUUCAAAAGAUCUGGGGAAAAUUCCCAUAGAGGAGUCACAUGGUAAAGCUAGUGCCACAGGCAGAGCUCUCAGGAAAUCUAAAAGUAUAAAAGCCCAUCAGAGAAUCCACAUGGGAGAGAGACCCUAUAACUGCCUUGAGUGUGGGAAAAUCUUCAAUCGGAGGUCAUUUCUUAUUACGCAUCAGAGAAUUCACACUGGAGAGAAGCCCUAUAAAUGCCCCGAAUGUGGGAAAAGCUUCACUGUGAGAUCAACUCUUAUUAAACAUAAAAGAAUCCACACAGGAGAGAAACCCUAUAAGUGCCCUGACUGCGGAAAAAGCUUCCGUCUGAGCUCGACCCUUUGUACCCAUCGGAAAAUCCAUACAGGAGAGAAACCCUAUGAGUGCCUCAAAUGUGGGAAAAGAUUCCGAGUGAGCUCCUACCUUCUUGCACAUGAGGCCACCCACAUGGUGGACAACCCUUACAAAUGCUCCGACUGUGGGAAAAACUUUAGUGUGAAUAGAGACCUCCUUGUGCAUCAGAGAAUCCACACGGGAGAAAGACCCUUUAAGUGCCUUGAGUGUGGGAAAAGCUUCAAUCGGAGAUCGAUCCUGAUUGUACAUCAGAGAGUCCACACUGGAGAGAAGCCCUAUAAAUGCCCCAAUUGCGGGAAAAGCUUCAGUGUGAGCUCAGACCUCACAGCACAUCAGAGAAUCCACACAGGAGAAAAACCCUAUAAAUGCUUUGAUUGCGGGAAUAGCUUUCGUCUGAGCUCCCACCUUACCAGACAUCAGAGGAGCCACACUGGAGAGAGACCCUAUAAAUGCCUGGUCUGUGGGGAAAGCUUCAGUGACUGCUCAGGCCUUAUUAAACAUAAGAGAAUGCACACUGGAGAGAAACGAAGGCCAGCGCCUGUUACACAUCAGGGAACCCACACGGCAGCAACACCUUAUAAAUGCCCCGACUGUGGAAAAAACUUUAGUAUGAAUUCAGCCCUUGUUAAACACCAGAGAAUCCACACAGGAGAGAAACCUUAUAACUGCCCUGAGUGUGGGAAAAGCUUCAGUCAUUGCUCAGCCCUUAUGAAACAUCAGAGAAUCCAUACAGGAGAGAAACCCUUUAAAUGCCUGGACUGUGGGAAAAGGUACAAUGACAGCUCAACCCUCCGGAGACACCGGCGAAUCCACUCAGAAGAGAGGCCCUAUAAAUGCCCCGACUGUGGGGAACGAUUCAGUGUGACCUCAGGCCUUAUUAGACACCAGAAAAUCCACACUGAGGAGAGACCUUUUAAAUGUAGUGAGUGCGGGAAAAGCUUCCAGUCGAACUCACUUCUUAAAACGCAUCAGAGGAUCCAUACAGGAGAGAAACCAUAUAAAUGCCCUGAGUGUGGGAAAAGCUUCCGUCAGAGCUCCCACCUUAUAAGGCAUCAGAAAAUCCACACGGGAUAGAUGGUCACAGUGGUUUUUUCCAUAGUUCUGCUCCACUCACUCAUCUAGCGAUUGUGAGACCUAUAGGUGACUGAGGAUGGGUGCUGGGGCAUUGAGAGACUUGGGACCCAUGAGGCAGUAUGGUGGAUGCUGGAGCACAGGAGGUGAAUGGAGUAUUUUGAAAUUGGGUCGUUGCUGGAUGGGCCCAGCCAAUGGGAGAGGGAACUUGGGUGCUGGUGGGUGGGUUACUUGGAGACUGGGAUGGGAGGUGGGGGAAUAACUGUCCUAGAGUCUAAAAGUUUUCCUUCUCCAACAGCGAUCGAAAAGCAACAUGCCCCCACGCUGCCGUCCAACUCACGCUCUGACACAAAACCUCUGCAGUGACCUGCACGCUGUCAAAGCAGAUUAAUUCCCAAACGCAGGGGCUGUGGGAGAUAGGAUGUGUUGAACUGUUGAUACUGCGGGGUACAUAAGAUUGGCCAUACUGGGUCAGUCCAAAGGUCCAUCUAGCCCAGGAUCCUGUCUUCUGACAGUAGCCAAUGAGAGAAGCCGUAUUAGUACUAGUUCAUCAGUUGGGUUUUGUGUUACAGCAUGAGUGGGAUGAAGUUGGAUGCAUGUUACUUUUGGGUUCCUGUUAGAGAUGGAACUGAAGGCCUCAUGAAGCAUGGGCGCAUAUGAUCCGAGAUGCUGUGAUCAGUGUAACAAGUCUUUUCCCUUCUUCUCGUGUUCUAAGGUUUUGGGUGGCCAGGGUCCUGUGCAGUGGCAGAACUUACCAUCAUGAUGCAUCUAUUGGCAAAUCCAGCUUAAGUGUCUCUGUUGCCCACCGGCCCAAUGUACCUCCAGGUCUCUCCCUUUCUGACUUGGGGGUGGCCGAUCUCUUCCUGUUGUUGGAUCUCCUCGGCACAUUGCUGCGGAAGCCUGGGAAUUCCCAGCAAUUGGAGCUGGAACUCCGGUAGUCGAUGCUCCUGCCCUACACUCCAACUUGGUCUCUCUUCCCUCCUCGACGGGAGGAGUCUCUCAGUCCUGCCGUCUACGCCAUACAGAAAUGGAUGUGCCUAUUCUCUGUAGCACCCCCUUAUGGCCAAAUAUGGCUCUGCAGUGGACCUUGCUCCCUUUUUUGCCAGUCACCCUAUGACAGAGGGGAUGGGCUAUUCCACCCAUCACACCCUUUGGGGGUCCUUAAAGAGCGAUUUUAUUGGGGGAGGAGCAAAAUAUAGAGACAGGUGAACUGGAAGACAAGACCUCGAGAUUGAUUAUGACGCUGUUGGACCUUCAUGUUCCUGAUCCUGAAAGGCAUCUUGACUGGGCCAGAGAGAGGGAACCGAUGAUAUCACCAUCUCCCCUGUCUUCGGCUUGGUUCUGAGCUGCACUUGGGAUGGGAAAUGAGUUCCUGCUGCUGCCCCAUCCCUCCUGUCUCCUUUUCCUUCCCUUUCCUGUCUUUCGCCGUUUGCCUUCUGUUUAAAAAGAGCCUGCCUGAACCGGACAAGACGACAUUUUUUGCAGAGCUGAUAUGAACUGAUGACCAGCACCUUCCAGAAAGCAGCGAGUGACUAAACUGUCAUGUCUGGAAAUGGGGAAUUGCAAGGGCUGUGCUGUUAAAAGUGCCAUGUGGCCCAAUGCCCAGAUACAGAAGCCCAUCUCUACCUGCGAGGAUGUCUCAAGCUGUCAAAGGAGGCUGGAUUCAGUGCAGUAUUUGACACACCCACUGCCCUAACAAGCAUGACCAUCCCAGGUGCUGCUGGAAUCCUGCUGUCAGACUCUCCCAUCCCAUCCCACCCCACCAAGGAUCCAUCAGGGGAUGCCCAGGAGGAUGCCACAGAAGCUGCCCCCAUGAGCCAGGGUCUUUUUGUGAUUCAGGACAGCUAGCCCCAGUCCUGCCUUGCUACAAUGCUUGCUACAAUACUUCCUGCCCUGAGUUCCAGCUGAAAACCCAGGCCUGGCCUGAUGAGGGAGAUCAAGUGCAGGGAAUUUUGGCAGUCGCAGCACCUGCUACAGCCAGAAAACCAAGGACAGGGCUUCUAUGUACAGCGAACAGGCUGGCCAAAUGAAGGGGGAGAAGAAGGAAGAUUCGGGAGUAGAUGCUUGCAGAGCUCAUGGCAGUGUCGCAGAGGAAAACCAGGCUGGCUGAGAGGAAGACGGCAGAUGAGACCCCAGAGGAAUUAAGGAAUGCAGCUUUCCCAGAUCAUGCAAUUGGCCAAGAACGCAGUGUCGAUGUACCCUUAGUCUCAGUGGUGAGGGAAAGAGUAGCUGUAGCUAAGGAGAGCAGCACCAUGGUGAAGGAGAGCGUGGAAAAAGCCAGAGAGAUGCACAGGCAACACACAGAUGCUAUCCUGAGCCAAAAUGCCCUUCUGCAAAACAUGCUGCUGCUAGGCUAGCAGGCCCUUCAGUCCUGUAAUUUGGGGCCCAGCCGUGUCCUUCAGCCCCUGGACAAUGCUGGCUCCUGGGACCACCACCUCCCCACAGCAGUGCACCCAGGGGCCUCUCAGAACCAGCCUCUGAGUGCCCAAAACACUUGCACCUGGGAGUCCAGCAUUUUGGAGCCCCGCACUCAAACCUCAGAGCCUAUGUGGACAAGAAGAACCAGAGGCAAGGUGUAUAUGCCCCUGCCACUUUGUGCCCUCUUUCCCCCAAAUUGCUGUGUUUGAAAUGGUCUCACUUUUGCACUUUGAGUUCUGUUUGCACUGUUGCAGCAUUAAAGGAUUGUGUAUAGUAGGCUAUUUUAAGAACAUAAGAAUGGCCCUCCUGGGUCAAAUCAAUGGUCCAUCUAGCCCAGUAUCCUGUCUUCCAACAAUGGCCAAGGCCAGGUGCCCCAGAGGGACAGAACAGAACAGGUGAUCAUCAUGCGUUCCAUCCCCUGUUGCCCAUUCCCAGCUUCUGGCAAACUUUUGUUUUGUAGAUGGGUUAGUUAAAUGUAUUUCAAAAUACAAAGAUACAAUUUUUCCAUUGGUUUAUUUUGUUGUUGUUGUUUCACAAUAAAGACCACUCCCAGUA